AGGGGGAGGAGGGCAACUUCCGUGUGGGAGCUGCAAAGAAGCGUGUGGGUCUGUAGUCCAGGGAAUGGCUUUCCUUCCUUAAGGCAGAACGCGAAUUUUGGGAAUUGUGGUCCUGGGUCCGAGUUUGACCUACCUCCAGCUAUGUGACCUCGACAGAGUUUACCAGCCUUUUGACUCUUCGAGUUCCGAGUCUGAACACAGGGCAGUGAUCACCCGUGCCUGGCUCGAAGCGCUUGGCAGAGUUAGGUGAUAUUGAAUAAUACAUUUAAGAGAAGAAAUGGAUGACGAACCUGAAAGAACUAAGCGAUGGGAAGGAGGCUAUGAAAGGACAUGGGAGAUUCUUAAAGAAGAUGAAUCAGGAUCACUUAAAGCUACAAUAGAAGAUAUUCUCUUCAAAGCAAAGAGAAAAAGAGUGUUUGAGCACCAUGGACAGGUUCGACUUGGAAUGAUGCGUCAUCUUUAUGUGGUAGUAGAUGGAUCAAGAACAAUGGAAGACCAAGAUUUAAAGCCAAAUAGAUUGACUUGUACUUUAAAGUUGUUGGAAUACUUCGUAGAAGAGUAUUUUGAUCAAAAUCCCAUUAGUCAGAUUGGAAUAAUUGUAACAAAGAGUAAAAGAGCUGAAAAACUGACCGAACUCUCAGGAAACCCAAGGAAACACAUUACAUCUUUGAAGAAAGCUAUAGAUAUGACCUGCCAUGGAGAACCAUCUCUCUAUAACUCAUUAAGCAUGGCUAUGCAAACUCUAAAACACAUGCCUGGACAUACAAGUAGAGAAGUGCUAAUCAUCUUUAGCAGCCUCACAACUUGUGAUCCAUCUAAUAUCUAUGAUCUAAUCAAGACCCUAAAGGCAACUAAAAUUAGAGUGUCUGUUAUCGGAUUGUCUGCAGAGGUUCGGGUUUGCACUGUACUUGCUCGUGAAACUGGUGGCACAUACCAUGUUAUAUUAGAUGAAAGCCAUUACAAAGAAUUGCUGACACAUCAUGUCAGUCCUCCACCUGCUAGCUCAGGUUCUGAAUGCUCACUUAUUCGUAUGGGAUUUCCUCAGCAUACCAUUGCUUCUCUGUCUGAUCAAGAUGCAAAACCCUCUUUCAGCAUGGCGCACUUGGAUAGCAACACUGAGCCAGGACUUACAUUAGGAGGGUAUUUCUGCCCACAGUGUCGAGCAAAGUACUGUGAACUUCCAGUUGAAUGUAAAAUCUGUGGUCUUACUUUGGUGUCUGCUCCCCAUUUGGCACGGUCUUAUCAUCAUUUAUUUCCUUUGGAUGCUUUUCAAGAGAUUCCUCUAGAAGAACAUAAUGGAGAAAGAUUUUGUUAUGGAUGUCAGGGGGAGUUAAAAGACCAGCACGUCUAUGUUUGUGCUGUGUGCCAAAAUGUUUUCUGUGUGGACUGUGAUGUUUUUGUUCACGAUUCUCUCCACUGCUGUCCUGGCUGUAUUCAUAAGAUUCCAACUUCUUCAGGGAUUUGAUUCCAGCAUAUAGUGCACAUUGUAUGUGUUAAAAGGACAUCUGCAACUGUAAAUGAAAUGAUCCUUUAAAAGAAGUUCCAGUUAAAAUAUGAAGACCAGUUUGAAAGGAAAAUAUGAUUUAAGAAGGUUUUGCUGAAAAAAUAAGGGAUUGGAGCACCUGGCUAGUUCCGUUGGAAGAGAAUGAGACUCUUGAUCUCAAGGUUCUGAGUCCGAGCCCCAUGUUGGAUUACUAAAAGAUAAAAUAAACUUAAAAAAAAAAAAAAGUAAAAAAUAAAAUGUAGGAUUUUAUUACAUUUUAAAAUUUAUGUCUUGUCAUAGAAAUGCCCAGAUUUCAAUAGUACUUUACUCAAUUUUGUUUUCUAUUAUUUUGAGUUAACAAUGUUUUCAGUCAUUAUACAUUAUUGUAUUUAAGUUAUUUACAAUUAUUAAAUUGAUAUGACAGUUUUACUGCCUUAUAAUUAAAGUAAAUGAAGAAUCUA